UAAACAAUACUUAUAUAUAGAUGAUCUGCGAGUAAAAGGGAGAGAGCUUCAAGAAUUUGGUUAGAAAUAAAAAUGGCAGGGGGUUCAGUCACCUUAAUUGGAUCGUGGGCUAGUCCAUUUGUCCUCAGGGUUAAGUGGGCUCUUGAACUGAAAGGGGUUGAGUACCAAUAUGUACAAGUAGAUCUCCACAACAAAAGUGACUUGCUCCUGCAGUAUAACCCUGUUUACAAGAAGGUACCAGUUCUUGUGCAUGAUGGUAAGCAUCUGGCAGAAUCACUAGUGAUUCUUGAGUAUAUUGAUGAGACCUGGAAGCAAAAUCCUCUUCUUCCACAUGAUCCCUAUGAAAGAGCCAGGGCCAGAUUCUGGUCCAGAUUCAUUGAUGAAAAGUGUAUGCCAGCAAUUAUUGGGACAUUUUCCAAACUAGGGGAGGAACAACAGAAAGCAGCACAAGAACUCAGAGAGAAUCUGAAGAUCCUUGAAGGUGGACUUGAGGGAAAACGCUACUUUGGAGGUGAAACAAUAGGCUUUGCUGAUAUUGCUAUUGGGUGGCUAAGAUAUUGGGUUGGGAUAGUGGAAGAAAUUGUGGGCAUAAACCUAAUUGAUACAGAGUCCAUGGCUAAGCUUAAUGCUUGGUUCGAUGAUUUUCAGGAGCUUCCUAUUAUCAAAGAAUCCAUGCCACCUCGUGAUAAACUGCUUGAGAAGAACAAGGCCUUCCACAAGUUCUUGAUAUCUUCAUCCACUUGAAAGGCUCUGCAAGAUCAAUAUCAGGCUACUUGAUAGUCAGAGUUCAUGUUUAGGUUUUUGUUAGCACUAGUUCAAACGAGCGUUCAUGUUCAUUUUAAAAUAAAAAAAGUGAGCGGAAAUCUUAUUUUUUUUAUGGGAAAUUAAACAUGUCAUAAAUUCAUCCCAAAUGUGAUAGAUAAUAAAAUAGGCUGAUCACAGAAUAUUAAUCUCACCCUCUUACAGAAAAAGAAAAAUAGAGUAGCCCAUUUCUUCAGCAAUUUGGUAUGUUGAAACUAAUUGUAAAAACCAUAUGCCUGGAGAAUGGGUGAUUCAGCCACUACACCAGUUUGGGUUUUAAAAAGUCAGAUCCUGAUUGACAUGGCUUGUAGAACUGAAUAAACCAUGACUACCAUGCUACCUUCCAACAACCAGCUAUGACAUAUUUUUUGGUUCCAAA